GUUAACGUCAUAGGAUUCCAUUACAGAUGAACCAUUCAUUCAUACACCCACUGUCACAGCACGCACCACUCUGAGCUCUGAAACACUGCAGCAGGUUUUAGGUUAUGAACACAGGUAUGUCGGGUUCAGCAGGUACAGCAGUGUCUCAGCAGAUCUCUCACUCUGUGAUGAACCGGAUCGUGGAGGAGCUGAGCGAGGAGGAGCGGAAGCGUCUGGUGUACCUGUGUGGAGCUCUGGACUCUGAGCGCUGUGCUGAUCACGUCCGGGAGAUGCUGCUGAUGCUGAUGGAGCAGGAGCAGAUGAACCGGCAGCUUCUGAUGGAGCUGAUGGUGAGGAUGCAGCGCUACGAUUUACUCAAGUGUGUUCUGAACACCACCAGGACUGAGGCUGAACGUCUGCUGAAGAACAGCAACAACCUCUCAGAAUACAGGAUACUGAUGGAUGAGCUGAGUGAGAACCUGAGCUCAUCUGAUCUGAAGUCUUUGGUGUUUCUGCUGAGAGGAACGUUACCCACAGAGAAAGCAGAAAAAAUCGAGUGUUUCCUGGACCUGGUGGUGGAGCUGGAGAGGCUGGAUCUGAUCUCCAGCAGCAGGAUGGAGGUGAUGGAGCAGAAUCUGAGGGCCAUCCACAGAGUGGACCUCGCCCGGAGGCUCAGCCAGUACCAGAGCAGAGCUGAAAGACCAGAACACAAGCCCACAAUGAAGAAUACCCUCUGGAGGCCUUGCUUAUCAGCUACACCAAAUUCCUUGUCUGGAAUUCCACCCACUUCCUGCGGGAAAAGACAGGUUCUUUCCAGACCCUGUGCUGCGAGUGCUGCUGUGCUGCAGAGGAGCUCCAUCAGUCAGCGCUGUGAGAGAGUGGAGGAUGAGUACAGGAUGCAGAGCAGAACCAGAGGACUGUGUGUCAUCAUCGAUUGUGUGGGAACUGAAGGAGUUUUUCUACAGCAGCUUUUUGAAAGUCUCAGCUUCAGGGUGAGUCUUCACAGUCUGCUGAGCGUUCAGGACAUGCUCUCCACCCUGCAGGACGUCUCCAAACAGAGGGAGCACUACACGGCCGAUGCUUUUAUCUGCUGUAUCAUCAGCCGCCGCUGUUCCUCUGGUCUGCUGGGGACGGACCCCCGAGGUUCAGGGUUGGGUCUGGACUACAUCCGGCAGCUUUUUACCCCGGAGUUCUGCCCCGGCCUGGCGGGAAAACCCAAACUCUUCUUCAUCCAGAGCUACGAAGUCUCAGGGGGUCCGCAGGGUAGAGGCAGGGCUCAGAUUUGGGAUUAUGAAGAUGGAGAGCUGGAGACGGACGGACCCGCCGUCGCCUCCUACAGGCCGGAGGUGCUUCCUGCAGAUGCUGACGUGUUCUGGAGCCACUGCUCUACAGAGGAGCAUCAGCUGAAGAUGGUUAACCAUCGAUCGGUCUACCUGCAGUCUCUGAGAGGAGAAUUACAGGAGGCCCAGAGAAGGAGGAUUCACAUGGUGGAUGUGCACAUGGCGGUGAAUGGAGCCGUAUAUGAUCACAACUAUAAACACCCCCGAUCAUCAUACAGCGUGAAUCUCAGACACACACUGCGCAAACACGUCUACUUCUGCUGAACCUUGUUAUAUAUUAAUAUAGGACCAGUCAAAAGUUUGGACACACCUCAUUCAGUGUUUUUAUUUAUUUCCCCAUUUUCUAUCCAAAUUAACACAGCAAAUUAUCCAACCCAGUUUUUAGGACUCCCCUAUCACUAGUGAUGCCCCAACACACCAGGAGGGUGAAGACUAACACACGCCUCCUCUGACACUUUUGAAGUCAAACUCCGCCUCUUUUUCUAACUCUUUUGCCGAGUAGCAUCACAGCGCUAACGCUCGGAGGAAAGCGCAGUGACUCUGGUGGUUCUGAUACAUCAGCUCACAGAUGCAGCCUUGUGCUGAUCCACAUCAGCGCCAUCUACUGUACCCACCCAUAGAGAGCAAGACCAACUGUGCUCUCUUAGGGCUCUGGCAGCUGAUGGCAAGCUGCAUGACCGGGAUUCAAACCAGCAAUCUACUGAUCAUAGUGGCAGCGCUCUAGCUGGACUCUACCUCAUGAAGACACUGAGAUUAAAAUACCAAGAGUGUGCAGAUCUGUCCUCAAAUAUAAAUGUGAUACUGUGAAAAAUCUAAAGUAUAAAACAUAUUCUGAUUUAUUAUUAUUAAAAACAAAAAACUGCAUGUGUUUCUGUAGAGCUUUAAUAUAGUCUUUAAUAUUAAAUUUAGCAUCUAAAACAUCAUAAAAAGACUGAAUGAAAAGUGUGUCCCAACUUUUGACUGGUACUUUAUAAUUAGUGUUAAACCAGGAUUAAAUGAUUCAUAUUGAAUUGUCUGAAGUGCAUAAAAAAACAGAACAUAAUUAAUUGUAUCAAUUAAUUUAGUGACAGCAUUAACUUUCUUGUAUUUUUAAUACAGAAAGUGUUGGGUAUCUCUGGCUUUCUAUUAAUGUCAUGUAUAUUAGACUAUAGUAAAAAUGUUAUACAAGCAUAUGACACAUUAUAAUGCAUUUAUACUGCAUUUAUAAUAGGUACAUGGCUGUAAAUAUUAAUAAAAAUGGAUAACAAAAUAUAUCCAUGUUUAUUAUGCAUUAAUAAAUGUGAUUAUAGUGCAUCAUAAGCUUUGCUUGUAAUAUGUUACAUAUCUGGGUUAAAAUAUAUACAAAAAUAUAUCUAUAUUCUCCCAUGAUGGAGAUCCAUAGCUUUUUUUUAGAGUGUACAAUGAUACAUUAUAAUAUAUUAUGUAUUAAUAUAAGCCACCAUAAUAUUAAACAUUAUCAUAAUUAAUGAGUGAUUAUAAGCAAUUAUAGCAUGAUUUGGCUAUAGAUAUAUACUCUUAUGCAUUUUUAUAAAUAUUUAUAGCCAUGUUAUGAGUAUGUUAUAGAGUCUAAUAAACAUGACAUUAAUAGAAAAUGAUAACGUGUUUUAUUGUGACUGUGUUACUGGUGGUAUCUCCACAUGGGGGCGCUGUAAGAUUUAAAAUCUGAGUUACAGCCCAGCUGUUAAUCCUCCUUUUAUCUUUUGGGCCAAUUUGAGCCCAUUCAGUAUUUCAGGUCAUUAAAUAAAUCAUUUAUAUACACUAUAUUGACUAUACUGCCAAACAUAUUAGCUUACUAUCCAGAUCACUGAACACCAGCGUUUAAUAAAAUUGAGACGCAUAUGCUCAUUCAUAUUAAGCAAAAAUCUGCAAAUUAUUAUUAUUAUUAUUUUAUUUAUUUAUUUAUUUUUUUUUAUUGUCCUUUUUUAUUGUUUUAUUAUUUGUUUGUUUCAUUCUUAAGUGCCUUCUACUGCUUGUGUUCGAGAAGUAACAUCUGAAAUAAAGAUCUGGAAUUUUCAAUUUAUGCCAGUUAUUUAUUUAUUUAUUUCAUAAUUCAUUUGCUCCUCUGACAAAAUUCAAGUGAAUUGUACAGUUUAAAUAUUUAAUAUAUAUAUAGAUCACUUCAGUUUCUGAAUCAGUUUCUCUGAUUUUGCUAUUUAUAGGUUUAUGUUUGAGUAAAAUGAACAUUGUUGUUUUAUUCUAUAAACUACAGACAACAUUUCUCCCAAAUUACAAAUAAAAAUAUU